AUGAGUUUUUUGGCAGGUGCUUUGUCCAGCUGUGAAGGUGGCAGGAAGAAGACCCUGAAACAGCCCAAGAAGCAGGCCAAGGAGAUGGACAAGGAAGAGAAGGCUUUCAGGCAGAAAGGAAAAGAGGAACAGAACAAAGCAGAAGAACUGAAAGCGAAGGCAGUGGGGAAGGGCCCCCUGGCCACAGAUGCAAUUAAGAAAUCUGGCAAAAAGUAA